AGCGGGGAUGRGCCCUGUCCCCACCGGGAGACCGCUCUGCCUCGGUUCUUGUGACGGAGAUCUUGGAAACAACGCGGGCACCGCUCGGGCUGACCUUUCAAUAAACACUUUGUCUGUGAACGUGCUCGGCCGAGCUCAUUUGUCCCUCCACGCGGCGCGCCGAGGGCGGGCCCAUCCAGGGCUCAGCCCGCUCCGGGGCCGAGGCUGCGCGGCCGGGCCGGUCAGAGCCAUGGGACAGCCGUGGGGCGGGUGGCUGCUGCCCAUCGGCCUCCUGCAGCUGUUGGGCCCCGCCGGUGCCUGUCCUUGCCAGGACCCGCGGCUGUGCCAGCCCAUCACGGSCCCCGCCGCCUUCGAGGUCUUUGUGUUUGAUGUGGGGAAGGAAAGCUGGAAAUCCUACGACUGGUCAAAAAUUACCACUGUGGCAGCUUUUGGAAAGUACGAUCCCGAGCUCAUGUGCUAUGCCCACUCGAAAGGCUCCAGGGUAGUACUGAAAGGUGAUGUACCUCUUAAGGACAUUGUUGACCCUGCUAAAAGAGCAGCAUGGAUAUCCCAGCAGGUGGACCUUGCUAAAAAACAGUAUAUGGAUGGAAUUAACUUAGAUAUAGAGCAGGAAGUUAAUGAAAGCUCCCCUGAGUACUAUGCAUUGACASAGCUUGUUAAAGAAACUACAGAUGCUUUUCACAGAGAAAUAGCAGGAUCACAGGUGACAUUUGAUGUGGCUUGGUCUCCAGCAUGCAUCGAUAAAAGGUGCUACAACUACACUGGGAUUGCAGAURCCUGUGACUUCUUGUUUGUGAUGUCAUAYGAUGAACAGAGCCAGAUCUGGACMGACUGUAUUGCAAAGGCCAAUGCUCCUYACCUGCAGACUUUAGUUGGAUAUGAAGAGUACAUUGCUAUGGGCAUUGAUCCCAAGAAGCUUGUGAUGGGUGUCCCCUGGUAUGGCUAUGACUACGUCUGCCAAAACCUCUCCACGGAUCACGUUUGUUCACUUCCCAAAGUUCCUUUCCGUGGGGCUCCUUGCAGUGAUGCUGCAGGGAGCCAAGUUCCCUAUGGAACCAURAUGAAGCAGGUGAACAGUUCUCUUUCAGGGGUGCUGUGGGAUGAGGUACAGAAAUCUCCAUUUUAUGAGUACAAGGAUUCUGUUGGUCAAUACCACCAAGUAUGGUUUGAUGACCCUCGCAGCAUCUCUCUAAAAGCAGCRUAUGUGAAGAAUCAAGGUUUAAGGGGCAUUGGCAUGUGGAAUGGAAAUAGUCUUGACUAUUCAAGGGAAGCUGUAGCAGAACAACAAACUCAAGCAAUGUGGCAAGCUUUGACACCAUAAAAACUAUGUGAACCCUUCUUUUAGAAUUCUGAAAAUUGSUAAUUUUUAUUUUGGCUUACACUAUCACAGAUAUUUAUAUAAAUAUAUUGUGAUUACAAAAGUUUUAAAAACUAGGAAAAUUAAUCUUGUUAUUUCCAUUCUUCAGAAAGUUCCAAUGUUGCUUUUUCUGUAGGGUUUUUUUUAAGCCUGCUUAUCUUUUUAAUUUUUCACAAUUACUGUAAGUUAGUUAAUGCUGAACCCUGUGUGUAUCUGGUUACAAGACCAAUUGAUGAAUUUACAGUAGCAGUCUCAUAAUGAUGUUUUGCUAAAGCUGCCAGGCGCAGCAAAUAUUCAUUCUGGGGUUACAUGGUGCAGCCUCAGCCUUCUGACUUCCCAACCCAACCUCUAUUUUAGCUAAGCCACUCUAGAAUCAGAUUAAACAGAAUACUGGAGAGACAGAUUGUUGAUUACAUGCAGCUUGGUUACUCUUCUAGAUUAAAAGAUUUUUAUARACUGAAGAAAUUACAUAACAUGAAAUCGUUGCCAUUAAGAUUUAUAUCAAACCUCUUGUUAGAAAGGAAUACCCAAUAAACUCCAGUUUCACUGUGCUUUUGUAUCACAUAAAUUGUUUAGCUUCAAAAGCAAAAAAAUUCAGACCUUAUCUUGAAGAGAUUACUAUGGCGAAGAUUUGAAUGAUGUUUUCUUCCAUUUCAAACUACUUUAUUUCCUGAAAACUAGAAUUCAGAAGCUUAUUUCAUGAACUGCAUAUCUAUUUUUUACACACACUACUACAAUUCAUUCAUUUUUGUUUUUAUGGGGCACUGCCUCCAAGAUAAUAGGAGGUUAUUUUUCUUUCUGGUUCAUACUUUCAUAAAAUCAUUUACCUAGAGAAAUUGUGUAACUUUUUAAAAUAUCCAUGGUGAUGUAAAGAUUGACUGGUGUUUACAGGACUUUUUGUUAAAUAAAAUGCUGUUCUUGGUAAGGCUUGUAAAGAA